AUGGAGGAUCCGAUCCUGUCGAAUUCUUCGUGGCAGCAAUCAUGGCUCCGGGGCGCAUGUCACAAGCAGUGCAUCAACCGAGGAGACCACGUUGUGGCGCAAGCCCUCUCUUCCACUUCGCGUCUUGAUAUCACAGCUGCAGCACGCACGCCGACUCAUGGGAAAGGUUCGGUCUCGCCAAAGAGGGCUGCAGCGUUCAUAGUCGACGCGACUUGGCAACAGCUCGAUGUCGGCCACUCUCAACUGCUCAGUCGUGACUCGCAAACGGUCAGGGCUAGGAAGAACGGCUUCCAACAGCAUUUCCCACCCUUGUCCGCAUCGUUUUCGUUUGCGCCUCAAGCCGUGGUGCUUGAUCGUGAAGUGAGGAGAGCGUACGUCAAGAUUUGUUUCGAGUCUUUCUUCCAAUCAGAGGCACAUCUUCUAGAAAUCGCCGAGAAUAACGCACAGGCAGUGUUUGUACCCGGCGGGACUUAG